AUGAGUGGGGAAUUUCUUUUAUUGGCCAUUCAAUUGAAAUUAUUUUCUGCAUGUAUAAUUAUAAUGGAACACCUUGUUUCUAUCUUGUCAGACACUUGCAGAGAAAAUGUGUCAUUUGAUUGUGUUAUAUAUUAUUUUCAUUAUAAAUUCUAUCUUAUGCUGUCUAUUCUUCUUGUAUGAUGCAGAUGCUAAAGAAGCUAAGAAAACAAUUAAGUGGCAAGGAUUGGUAUUGGAACAACUUAAACACAUUAUGUUGGGCAACAAGGUCUAUAUCUGGUUCGAUGAUGGAAGAACAGGAGAACAGUUUUUGGUUAUGGUCAUUCGUGACUUGCUGAAUUUAUGCGAAAUCACGAAAGGGAAGGAUAACAAAGCUGUCAUCGCAAGUAACAUUAUGUAUGUUGUUGGACAGUACCCGAGGUUUCUAAGAGCUCACUGGAAGUUCCUAAAAACUGUUGUGAACAAAUUGUUUGAGUUCAUAGAAUUUUAUGAUGUUCGAGUUGCUGAUGCAGCUCUCAGGGCAUUGAAUAGGAGUGACAUAGCUGGGAAAUGCAUAAAACAUGAACCAAGCUGCCCUGGUAGAGCAUGUCAGAAGUAA